GCCACCAGAGCUACUGCACGAGAGUCAGCUCCAGACUCGCCGAUACGCGGGUCUAAUCUACGUGAGUGAAUAAAAUGUGCUUUCUACUGUUCAACUGCAUCUGAAGAGCACCAACCUGCGUUUUCUCACAGUUAACUUAACUAAUUGUUUGCAGCGUGGCUCUAGUUGGAGUUAAUUUUGAAGAUUAAAGACGGUGGUAACGUUGGGGCGUACAGUAGAAAGAAAAAGUGCAAACAGUUUUUCAGUUGUAUUUUGUGGUAUUUUAAAAUUCCAUUCUAAUUAACCGCCGCUAACUUCCCUAUAGUGUAAAAUAGUGUGGAGAAUUUACAAAUAGGAACUAUCCGCAAUGAAAUUAUGUAGUUUCAAUGACAAUACUCGGAAACAGACUUUGUGGGAGAAUCAGAUGAAUAUUUGUAAUGAUUUAUAAACCCUAAAACAUAGCUAUAUUUUAUACAAAGAAACUAAUAUUGUAGAUAAUAUGCAAUCGGGAGUGAAAGCUAUGUCAGGAUAUGACAAGUGAAAGUGCACUAAACGCAACUUUCACAGCACUCGUCAACGGAAGUGGCCUUGAAAACGGAAACAGUUCGCUGAACUUCACAAAUCAGGAUGAGCAGUUCAACCAGUUUGUCCCACCGCUAUGGAAGAAGCUGCUGUGGACAUUCCUGUUCACGGGGAUGGUGGUGGUGGCUACUGGAGGAAACUUGAUAGUUAUCUGGAUCGUGUUGGCUCACAAGCGUAUGCGCACUGUUACCAAUUACUUCCUGGUGAAUCUGUCCAUCGCCGACGCCAUGGUCUCCACUCUCAAUGUUACCUUCAACUUUGUCUACAUGGUGAAUAGCGACUGGCCCUUUGGGAACCUCUACUGCAAAAUCAGCCAGUUCGUCGCUGUACUCUCCAUCUGCGCCAGCGUUUUCACACUCAUGGCCAUCUCCAUCGACAGAUACAUGGCGAUCAUUCAUCCACUGAGGCCCCGUAUGGGAAAGAGAGCUACGAUGUGUAUAGUCAUAGCUAUCUGGGUAGUCGGCAUCCUAUUCUCCAUACCGAACUUCAUCUUCUUCACCACCUACGUGCAAGACUUCCCCAACGGUGACCAGCGGGUCGUGUGCUACCAGGAGUGGCCUGACGGUCCCACAAACGAGAGCAAGCAAGAGUAUCUGUACAAUGUGGUAUUCAUGAUACUUACGUACUUCCUACCCAUCAGCUCGAUGAGCCUGACAUAUGUUCGUGUGGGUCUUGAACUGUGGGGAAGUCAGAGUAUAGGCGAGUGUACACAAAGGCAGCUGGAGAACAUUAAGUCCAAGCGACGAGUGGUGAAAAUGAUGAUUGUGGUGGUGCUAAUUUUCGCCGUGUGUUGGCUGCCGUUCCACAUCUACUUCAUCAUCACCGCUCACAUGCCGGAGAUCACACAGACUGCAUACAUCCAGGAUAUCUACCUGUUUAUAUACUGGCUUGCCAUGUCCAACUCCAUGUACAAUCCUAUUAUUUACUGCUGGAUGAAUCACAGGUUUCGGCGAGGUUUCAAGCAGUUCUUUUCGUGUUGCCCCUUCGUGCACGUGACGCCAGAUGGUCUUACACGACGGGAAGCAGUCACCAGUCGUUACAACAGCUGUUCUGGCUCCCCGGAGGCCCAAUACCGUAUAGUCCGUAAUGGGGCACUGCAGCCAGGUUCAAUGGAGACAGGGUUGACCACGCUCGGGGACUCCCCCUCGUACUACCAACAACAGGGAGGGUACAGAGCGCGCCGGAGGUGGAAGAACAACGGAAGUGACUCCUGACAGGACAGUAGGGCUGCCCGGGUCCAGACCUGGAUAUAGCCCUCGGAUAACUAAAGCAAUUUGCCUUCAGAGGAACUCGCCAUUUAGGCAUGCUAUGACGUCAUUCCAAAAUUCUAUAACUAAGAUGCCACUUGGAAUAGAUUUUUACACCCUAAUUUGUGUACUGCAAUGAAAGAAUAAGCGUGUGUUACAAUAGCCACGUUCAUUGCAAAUUACAGGUACCUAUUAUCAGUGGCAAAUAAUAGAAUUAGACUGGUAAUCAUAUUGUGAAAUUAGGUGUAGCGAGAUGAAAGUGGUGUUGCGGGGUAGGGGGACAGCACAGCGCGUUGUAUGUUUGGCUGUCAACACUACGACAAUUUGGUUGAAACCGAAUAGGCAGACUCUCCCGUAUGGAUCAUCAGUCUACUUCUGUUCUUGGUCUCUGCCGUUAUAAUACGUUAAAACUUAUGUAAAAACCUAAAAAAGAUAUUGUUAUAAUAAAUAUAUCGAUACAGAAUUUCAAUUUAAUAACAUAUCAGUAGUACUUGAAUAAUACUUUCACAACUUAUUUAUUGGCUUAAGUACCUUGAUGUUUUUUAUUCUUCGUAAAGUGCUUUUCCGGUAUGUAUAAUCAUGUAAGCGAUUUAUUUUCUUUAUUUUCCUCAGUAUGAUCAAAAACAUGUUCCUCAAUAUAAUGUAUAAUAUUGUUAAGCUGCAAUAUUUGCUACUGCACACGAUUAGUAUACUACUAUAGUACAAGACAUAUCAUUGCAAGCCGGGCCGUAUAUAACUAAAGCCCUCGUAUAUAACUAAAGAUCUUUACAGCACCCCACUUCCCCCCUUACCAUGCGGCGCUGCCACAUUGACAUAUCAGCUAAUUUCUUAGGAUGAUAUGGCGCCACGAGUUCUUCGGCGUUCAGUGAUUAGUAUUUUUGCUCACGGUCUGAGUAAAUAGUACAGUUUAAUCGUGGAAGUAAAGGAUUCAAGCUAAUAGAUUAGAGGUAAAGAUGAGCAGUAACGAUCGAUCGAAUGCUGAAUUCAAUUGAAUAACCAAUCAUUAGUUAUUCUUCCGUUACAGUUGGCAACAUUGCGCCACUACCCAGGCUUGCAUUUGUUUGUCACGUACUAAAACAUUAGCUUUUCAUUUGCUUUAUUAAUGCUUAUAUUACCUUGGAACUAAAUUUAUUUGAAACAAAAUUCAAAUAUUAUGUAUUUCAGACAAAUUUAAAUGCUAUCAUUAUUAUUAUACAUGAUAUCUGACAUAAAUAAAAAUGAUGUAAUAGAAAGAAAAAAAUAAGUGUAUUGCAUUUUAAAACUAAUUGGUAACAUAGCUAUAGAAUUGAAUACUCAAUCUUAAAAGCUGGUUGAUGAAUAGGAUUGUUAAGAUACUGGUUGAGUUCCUCUGUCGCUAAGACCACUUGGCUUGAAUAUCAUAUUGAAAAUUGUUUUAAGAUAUGUGCAGUCAUCGUGAGUUCCUUCGUAUAUUUGUUACCUUUGCUACACAAUACAUAUAUCGUGUGUCCUUAAAUUACUUUUUAAAUUUUAAUACUUGAUUUUACAGAUCAAAAUAAGUAAAAACGUUAAUUAAAAGUAUUAUCCUUCUUGUUUAAUUUAUUACGUGUACGUUUGUAUGUUUUUCUUUAUAGGGGAAGUGAAUUUAUCAUUAACUUUCAUACACUUUUUAUAUUCAGGUCUUGCCAAACCUUUUGCAUAAUUGAGACGAGUUUCUAAAAAAGUUCCAUUCGAAAAGAUUCAAAACAGUGGUUAUAUCAAUAACAGUGUUUCUUAAAAACGAAAUAUUGUAUGAACAAUAUUUAGUAUUAGUGAAAUGUGAUUUAUAUUUGGUUAAACAUGCAAAGUUUAUUCUCUUCCAUAAAUAGUAACUGAGUUACUGUAAACAACUUAUUGAGCGCAAUUUUAAUGUACGGAUAAAUUUGUUGUUCUAUAACUCCUGAUUCAUAAUAAGAUAAUGCAUUUCACAGAUAAGAUCACUAUUUCAUUAUAAUAAUUUCUUACCGUGUAAAUUAAAUUAUUAUUAUUAAUUAAUUGGUUAAAUGCAUUAUAAGAUAUUUUCUCAAUUAAUCUGCUAUUAGUUUUAUUUCUUUAAAUAUUAUAAUAAAACCCCAGAUAUUAGUUUACUUUUAUAGCCGAUUAUAAAAUGAAUUGACUAAAAUGUCUAGCUCAUUGUUGUUAAUUACGUUUAGUAAACAAUCUAAUUUAAAUUAAGACAAAAAUAAAAUGAUAAAUUCAUUAAACUAAACGAAUUAUAUAUUUCGUAACUGCUUUUUAAACACAACAUAUAAUAAAUUUCAAUUUUUAAUUCGUCAAAAAACGGGCACUCCAUAAAUAUACAUUACGAAUAUACAAAUUGGCCAAACUUAAAAUGUAAUUUGAGCUGUUAGAUUUAACCAUUAGCUGUUUAUUACCAACAGAUAAAAAACUACGAUAUUUUUAUAUUUUGUACACAGUUUUAAAACCUUGUAGCCUAUGGCCUCAAUUUUGAAACUUAAUAUUGUAUUUUUCAAAACAAGUCUUAUUUACACUAAAAAGUUUUGAAAGGUAGAAGAUUAUACAUUCAUACACUUUAAUGAUAUAUUGUUUUCGUAAAUUACACCAAAAGACGGCAAAAGUAGAAUAUUAUUGUGUAUUUUAUUUGAAAUUUAUAACUUAAUUCCAUGUGAAAAAUUUAAAAGUUUAAUACAGUAGAGUAAUUUAUGGGCACCCUGUAUAUGAUGUAUAUGUAUAUGCGACCUCAAAUCUGUGAUGAUCUCAACGGGUUAUAAAUUGUAUAUAUAGCCACUGUCAUGUGUAAUAUUAUUAUUAUUGGAACAUGUAUUGCACUAUGAAAUGUUUAAAAUAACUUAUAUAGUGUUUUGUACAAAGUCAUACUAUAUGUUUAUGGAUCAAAGAAAUUAUAUAUUAUUGUCUAACCUUAGGAGGUAGUACAUUCUAACUUUAGUAAAAUUUAUUAAAAAGUGAAAUAUUAUAUUUUAAAAUAAGAAACAAUAGCCGAUGCUCGUAUUUUUGGAAGAACUAAUACUAAAAUUAUUAUAAAUUUAUUGUUUAUUACUUUACGACAUUUGAGUGGAAUGAUAAUUUUUAAGUAAUGACUUCAAACUAUUUAUUAUAAAUAUUGUUAUUUGAAUUUUUCUGAUGUUUUAGGUUUUCAUGCUUUUUGUGUGUCUAUUUUGGAAAAUUAAAUUACAUUAAAGAAACCUGUUUAUUGGAACGAUCCGAUGUUUCUUUCUUCGAACUGAAACCAAAAAUAUUUAUUAAAAUCACGCACAAACUGCAUUAUUUAACUGAAUACUAUGUUUGACUGCUUAAGAAAACAUUUAUGACUCUUUAAAAAAGGUUAAUUUGUGUACUUUGGUAGCAAAUAGAGUUCAUGCUGUAUUUUGUAAAUUUGAACUUUCAAGCUUUAUUUUUAAACUGCAAAAAGUGAAUAUUUCUAGAAGAAGUAUUUAAUACAAAUAUUCCAUUUAAAUAUUCUUACACCACUGAGAUUAUCUAAGGCAACUUUGCUUCUACACUAGAGUAAGGGAAGUAAAACGCUUUGUAUAAAACAUUGUACAGUAAAAUAAAACUGUCCCCCUUUUUUAA